AUGGAUCAAGCAGCGGUAGAGCAGCUUGUAAUGAUGGGAUUUCCAGUCAAUGCCUCCCGAAGAGCCCUCUUCAACUCGGCAAAUAACGUCGAGAUGGCCAUGGAUUGGCUUUGCACACACAUUGAUGACCCAGACUACAACGCUGAGUUCACGCCUCCGGAACCAGUGCAGUCGAAUGUGCCACAGAAGCCAUCUGCAAGUGACUUGGAAGGAUUGUCAGAUGAAUUCAAAGUGUUUAAGGAUCUCAUUUCUGGAAUCAACUGUCCCUCGCAGAAUGAUAAAAUUUUCAAAGAAGAAUGUAUCGUUACCUGUGAUAGUUGUUUCUCAGAAAAGGGUCUUUUCGUUUGCCUCAAAACCUUCAAAUCAUUCGGCUACAAGAUCAUUCCAGACUACGUUUCUAAAACUGGGAACAAAGUGUUUCUCAACAUCAAGAAAUCCAGAUUAACAAAGUCUCCAGAAGAGGAGCCAGAAGCGAAACGACUUGCAAUUGGUGGUGAAGAUGGGUUCAAGCCCGACGUUUUGCCGUGGAAAGAGACGCAGACAGAGGAGAUUUAUGUCCAUCCUGAUCAAUACUUUCCUGUCGAGUCUCUACCGAUCGAAUACGUCAAGAGAGUAGCUCAGGCAAUUCUUGACUCAACUUCCGCCGAAUUCAAAGCAGAAGUGGCUGCCUGGAAACCCGAUCCUCCCAAAAAAUCUAUCCACGCAGACAACCUCAUCCAACUCGACAACGGAGUCAAAAUCCCUUCCGACCCUUCAAAAUGGAAAUGCUGUAAAUGCGAGCUCACAGAAAACUUGUGGCUCAAUCUUUCCGAUGGAUCUCUCCUGUGUGGAAGAAAGAAUUGGGAUGGAUCCGGGGGAAAUGGGCACGCUCUCGAGCAUUUUAACGAGACAAAAUAUCCAUUGUGUGUGAAGCUAGGCACGAUUACUUCAGAAGGAGGAGAUGUAUUUAGCUACGCAGAAGAUGAUAUGGUCACUGAUCCACAUUUAGCGAAACAUCUCAGUGAAAAAAUGACCUUUGAAGCCGUCUACCUCGAUCGCAACAACUACCGUGUCUACAGACCAAAAGCGGAAGUGAAACUUGAGUAUUUCAUCCCUCUCAUCAUCAUCGCUGCUGCCAUGCUGAUACUGGCGAUCCACAUCCUCAUCGUCCGAAUCCGCGCUAGCUACAAAGAAAACGAAACGAAUAGAGAAGGGGGACUCCCAGCGUAUUGGGACACGAUCGUCCCGCCACCCACUGAAGAAUCGAUCACCGAACGCUUUACCGUAACUGCCAACCCGCCAGCUUAUGAAAUCGCCGUACAAGACGAUGUCCUACCUGACCAUUGGGGAAUUGAUGUUGCAAGCUCAAAGAAAACAGAAAUGUCGAUGGCCGAGAUGGAACUGGAAAUGAACAAGAAGGUCGGCUCUGAAUAUGCAGCCAUCGUUGAAAGCGGUCAAGAACUCGAGCCACUCUUCGGCGCUUUCCACACUGGAAUCAAAAAUUUGGGAAACACUUGCUACAUUGGCUCCAUUCUUCAAGCAUUAUUUGCACUGCCAUACUUUCGCGAAAAUUUCCAUCAGCCAGCGGAAUACGACGCGAAUUGCCAUGAGAACUUUUGGAAGCAGUUUCAACGAGUCGGACAUGCCCUUUGCUCGGGAGACUAUGCUCGGCCUAUAAUCGCUAAAGACGCCUCUGGAACAGCGAUUCCACAAGGAUCAGAGCAGGAAGGCAUUUCGCCUGGUCUUUUCAAAUCUAUUGUAUCCAAAGGCCACGCAGAUUUUCAAACGAACCAGCAACAGGACGCGGUCGAAUUCCUCCUCCAUCUGCUCGAUGUGAUCAUGAAAGAAGCGAAGAAAGAAAAGCGAGAGAAUGCUUCAGCAAAUUUCGGAUUUGAAUUGGAAGAAAGAGUCGAGAUCGGUCAAUCGGUGCAAUAUAAAAUCACCCAUGAGUUGAUGCUGGGGUUGCCUGUUGAUGAAAAUGAUAUCGAAAACAAAGAACAGGUCAAAGAAUACGAGCAAAAGCUCGAAGAAGCUCGUGCGGCGAAGCAAGCAGAUCCCGAAGUUGUCCGCGGAGUCGUCUCGUUCAAGAGUUCCUUUUCUCGUUUACUAGCUUCGGAAGCAAUCGAUCACUUCAAAUCGCCCAUUGACGGGGCUCUCAUCACUGCCUACCGAUCCGCCCGAAUUUCUAAAUUUCCCAAGUAUCUUCUUAUCCAAUGUCGGCGAUUCACAAUCGGCGAGAAUUGGCAGCCAAAGAAGUUGAAUGUCUCGUUGGAAAUGCCAGAAGAACUGGAUCUGGAACCAUUGAGAGCGAAUGGGCCACAAAUCGGCGAGGAUGUUUUUAGUGAAGAUGCGCCAAAGGUCGACGAGCAGAAAAUUAACCAACUGGUCGACAUGGGUUAUCCUUUUAACGCCGCGAUGAAAGCACUUUAUCACACAAACGAAAGCCUAGAGCUGGCGAUGGAGUGGUUGAUGAGCAAUUUGGACAGUCCAGAUUUCAACGAACCACUGAAACUCGACAAAACGGCGAAAAAGGAAGAGAAGACCUUUUCGCCAGAAAUAAUUGCGAUGGUUACAUCAAUGGGAUUUACUGAUACGCAAUCGAAGAAAGCAUUGACAGCAACUGACGGGAAUGUCGAGCGCGCUAUCGAUUGGAUCUUCUCACACAUGGACGAGCUGAACGAUGAAUCGUCCCCUGCCGAGUCGAGUUCUUCCGGACCGAACCAGCUGGUUGGUUCUGAUUCGUCAAAAUACCGCCUCCGCGCCUUCGUCUCGCACAUGGGCUCGAGCACGGCCUGUGGACACUAUGUGGCGCACGUGAAAGAGGACGCCCGUUGGAUCCUCUUCAACGAUAAUAAAGUCGCCGUCUCCCAGAAGCCGCCCAGAGACCUUGGCUACCUGUAUGUUUACGAACAGAUAUAA